UCACAGGACACCAGGUUCUUCCCCAACCACCUUUCUUUUUCCUUUCCUUGCCUCCUCCUCCCUCCCCCCUUCUCCGUCGCACAUUCGAAUCGAGUGCCCGACCCGACCACCUCACCCCAAUCGAUUGGUUUUCAAUAGCCCAUCGAUUACCCCGCGCGUCAACCCAAACCAACGCGUCCAUCCCCCGCCACACCGCACCACCGUCACCCACCCACCCACCGCCCCCCCCCCUCCCGCACCCAUACACACACACACACACGCACACACUAUGUUCCGCUCGUCUGCCCUCCGCAUGGGUGCAGCGGCCGCACGGUCGAUCACCAUGAUGAACAAGCCCACCAACUUUAAGGGCAAGUUUGCCAAGCGCAAGCCCGGUCUCUCCACCCGUAAGGGUCGGGCGCCCAAGCCGUCGCUGACCGCCAAGAAGGGCCCUGUCGGCUACUACAAGGGCUCGGGUGUUGGCGCCAAGGGCACCCGCUCUGCACGCGGUGUCUUUGUCCGCGACCCUGCCAAGAUCCCGACCAUCCUCCGUCCGGCCGCCUCGCUCGCUACCAAGUUCAAGCCGUACGUGGCGGUCGACGCGCCCAAGAUGACUACCGCUCCGCCGACGGCGCACGACUUUAUCGAAGAGGCUCUGCUGCAGCCGAUCUGGGAGGACGCAGACAUCAAGGCUCAGCUGGCCGAGCUCGAGGCUAUGGGCGUCGACGUCGCCGCUGUAGGCCUCACGCCGGAGUCGUCCGACGGCAAGUUUGACGCCUGGAUGAGAUAGUCUCGCCGCCUGCAAAGGUUGGACGCCACAACAAACAGACACACACCCCUCAUCUCUGUCCUGUUCACUCGGCAAAGACAAAGACCGAGCCGACACGAUCGAGGACCCGCUUGAGCGCCUCGCGGACCUCGCGCCGCUCGGCAAGGGCCAGCGCGGUGAGGGACGGGUAGAG